AGUGGCGGGGGAGGUGGAGGUGUCCACAGUGGAUACUCUUAGUAGUAGAAUUAAAUGUAUGUAUAGGUAUAGUCAUAGAGGUGGAGUGAGAUGGAGGAAUUCCUGAAGAGAUGCGAGAGAGUGAGAGUCAAGUGUAGAGCAGAAGACAUGCUGUUGAGCUUCAGAAAGAAGAGGAAGCUCGAAAAUGACAGAUGCGGCGAGACGGAAUCGCUGUCGCCGGCGGCAUUCUGUUGCUCUAACUCUAAGCAUGAGGACUCAAGCGACGUCGUAGAGAUGAGUCCGAGAUCAGCAGAUCUGGAGAAUGCUGAAAUUUCCACUUCCACCGGUCGUGUUUUAAGUAGAGAGGCGACUCCAAGUAGUGAGCUAUACGGAGACUCGGAGCAAAUUUUGUUGCCGAAGAAAGAAUCAUCGACGACUCUCCGCCGCAAAAUUCCAAAAUCCAUGCCUUCGGCGGCGGAGCUGGAGGGGUUCUUCGCGGCGGCAGAAAAGUAUGAGCAGAAACGAUUCGCUGAAAAGUACAACUAUGAUAUUGUAAAGGACGUUCCAUUGGAAGGCAGGUAUCAUUGGGUUCGUUUACUUCCUUAAAUGAAAUCACCACCAAAACAAGAAACAAUGCAUUUUUUUUCAGAUUUUUGUUGGUGGAUUGGCAUUCAGCAUUUUCGAUAUGCAUAGCAAUUUCCCAGAUUCAUGUAAAGAAGCUAGAGUUCUUUUAAUGCAAAAUUUUUUCUUCCAAGUGUUGAAAUUUGGGACGAUUUGAAUUGUCAGAGUUUGAUGAUAUUGAUGUGGGUAAGAGGAGUGUGUAUCAAAUUGGUGUUGUUAUCUUGCAUUUGAGAUUGAAAAGUGAGUUUCUGUUUGUGUAUAUUUUGGAUGGUUUCUUGUUUGGUGUGACUUUGUAUGUGAAGUUUCUUUGUACCCAUUAUUUGUCAGAAUUUCAACAGAAAAUAAUGUGGAUCACCCACCCA